CUUUGUUACAACCACAAACACAAACAACAAACAAGAAGCAAUAACAAUGAGCGGCCGCCCAGAAGUGAACUACUCUGACAAGUACUACGACUCUGAGUUUGAGUACCGACAUGUCAUCAUUACCCCCGAGAUGAUCAAGAUGCUGCCCAAGGAUGAGACGCACCUGACUGGCGAGCCGCGUCCCCUGCUGUCCGAGUUUCAAUGGCGAUCGAUGGGCGUCCAACAGUCGCGCGGCUGGGAGCACUACCUGUGGCACAAGCCGUCGCCCGAGGUCUUGCUCUUCCGCCGACCAAUCAACUACCAGCAGAUGAUUGAUGCCCAGCAAGCUGCCCAGGCUCAGAUUGUUGCUCCCAUGCAAUAAUCUAGCGUGCAUCUUUCUGCCUUUGUUAUUUUUGGUCUCUUCGCUUGUUGGUUUUUCUUUUGAUAGUUUCUUCCCCCCUCACUUCCCCACGCACCUGCACUUAAAAAUACGGGGGUGGGGGACUGGGUAUCUAUUCCAGUCCGCUCCCUCUGUUGUUGCUUACUCCCAGUUGAUUUUCCGGCCUUAAAUGUCAGUUUUGUCCAUAAAAUAUCCGA